GUAACGUUGACAGCACACGACAACCUUUCUCCUUUCACUGUAAAUGAUGUCUUCGGGAAUCUCUAAAAUCACAACUGAGCGAAACCAGCGUACUUUGCUGGAGUUGGUAAUGCAGCCAGGGAACGACAUCUGUGCAGAUUGUAAGUCGCGGAACCCGCGAUGGGCUUCUCACAAUUUGGGCAUUUUUAUAUGCGUCAACUGCGCGAGCAUCCAUCGCAAGCUUGGUACCCAUAUUACGAAAGUAAAGAGCAUUACCCUGGACGCAUGGACCAAGGAACAGGUCGAAGUCAUGAAGCAAAGCGGAAAUAUCAGAUCAAACGCCAUGUACAACCCUGACGAAGCUCGCCACCCCCCACCCACCAAUAUGAUGGAGGCAGAACGAGAUAGCGAAAUUGAGAAGUUCAUCCGCGCCAAGUACGAGUUUAAGUGGUUCAUGAACUGUAAACCUUCCAAAUUCGUUUCACCUGCUCGUCCAUAUUCCAAUGCUGUGACUACACGGCCAAAGUCCACUCCUACGGACCCUGCCCCAUUUAAACGCAAGACCUCUCCUCCUCCUCCUCCAGUUCCUGCCAAAAAUGUCACCCUUCCUGGCGCAUUAUCUCCAGGAUCUACACCCGUGCAACCCGCGAGAUCCAUCUCCCACCCGUUGCCUACACCCCGUUCCUCUGUUCCGAGCCAGAAGCUUUCUGGGAGCCAACUUUGGGAUGAUUUAAUUUCGUUACAGGGCCCUUCGCAAUUAUCUUCCCUUCCUUUGCAGUACCAGUCGCCGAACCCCGAUUUCUCAUCGCUUCCUUCCCAGUCCCACUCUAUGCCCCUUGCCCAGACAACUCUUGGUGUCUCGCCCACUCUGUUCUCGACUUUCCAGGCUUCCCACAUGAUGCCCACGUCGAUGUCAUCGAUAGGGAAUGCCACUUCAGUUACACCCAUGCAUACCAUAGCUGCUGGUGCGACUACAAUCGCAAAUCCACAGACUCCGUUCCAAUAUCAAUUUUCGGGCUAUUCAUCUUCUAACACUUUCAACUCGUUUCCUCCACAGAUGAGUGCCGAGGUUUCAAGCGGGACACCCGCUGCGGCGCCUCUACCUCAGCAGAAUUAUUUCGCUCAAUCAUUCGGACAACCCUCUCAGUCAAUGCUUGGUCAUAUGCAAGACCCCAGCUUGAUGUAUGCACAACCGCAAUCACAAGUAGUUCAACAACAGUACUCUUCGCAACCGCCAUUUUCUGCUACACCAGCAUUUGUAGCGCAGCAGCAGCCGCCGUUUAUGAAUAACACAUCUUAUGGAGGGUGGCAGGGUAUGCAUGGCAAUUUUUAAUGGAUAAUUAAACAACAGACUCUGGAUGUCCCCUUGAUUCGAACUCUCAAUAUUCCUACACCCUUGCGAUGUAGAUAUGCUUAGUUGCACUUUAAUACUCAUUCAAAGCGUCGAUUCUUGCACUGGAAAA